AUGACCGAUAAGCCUAUCAACGCAAACGACGAAGAUUUAGUUGACGGAAUGGCUCGCGUCGCGCGACCCACCAGCCAUGAUCAAUCAUCCCCGGGCCUCACCAGUAACUUUACAGUGUCCACAGGCCUGUUUGAAUCAGUCGGAUCUAUUGAUAGCACCCUAAUGGACCCGACAAUGCCUUCAUUGGAUGAGCUCUGGCAGGCAUUCGACGAGAGUGUGGACUCUGCCGCAGUGGACUGGAAUACCCUCUUCACCGAACUGGAUGCCCCAUUCCUGUCUUUGUAA